GCGUCAUCGCCAGUGGGCGGAGUUUGCACAGACUCCUCUGCGGUCACUUUUUUGCCACAUUCCCGGCUGACAGAAGAGUGGUUCCCCGGUGGUUCAUUGUAUUUUCCGGGAGUUUUUGCUGCUCCUCUGCACACGGAACGUUAAAUUUGCCGCGAUGCUCUCCGCGAGGUUUCUGUUGCCACGGUUGCCGUUGACGGGCAGAUCGCUCUGCUCCGGUGUGGCAGCCAAACAUGGAAAGACGCCCACCACGGCUGACGGAAGUCCUCCGUUACACGUGUCAAACGUGCGAAACAAGCUGAGAGAAAUCGUUGGAGCUUCAACCAACUGGAGCGACCAUCAGCAGGCCAUGGCAGACCGCGCCUCGCUGUCGUCCAUGUUGGCCAGGUCUCAAAGCGACCUUCCAGCCAAAAAGAUGAAGGACAGCCGGCUGGAGGUUCACCUCCCUCUGGGCUCUGAGCCGCAACUCAGAGAGAAGUACCUGACCUUCCACAACACAGUCAGGUUUGGCAGAAUCCUGGAGGACUUGGACAGUUUAGCAGUACUCAUCUCAUACUCUCACACCUACAACCCGGCAUUGCAGAGGUCUCCUUUGUCCAUCGUCACCGCCCUGGUGGACAAGAUUGACAUGAGGCAGCACAUAAUCUAUCCUGACUGCGACAUCAAGUUCACGGGUCACGUGUCGUGGGUGGGCAAGACAUCCAUUGAAGCCAAGAUGCACAUGUCUCAGUUUCAGGACGGAGCGUACGCCCCCAUCCUGGACGCUACAUUUGUCAUGGUGGCACGAGACCCUCAGAACAAGAGGGCAGCGUUUGUGAAUCCUCUGGUUGCUGAGGGGCCCGAGGAGGAGAAACUCCUGCAGGAAGGCGAAGCCAAUAAGCUGCGGCGAGUGGAGCUGAGCACGGCGUCGCUGCUGAAGGUGGCCCCCACAGACGAGGAGAGGAAGAUUGUCCACAGCUUGUUCCUCAACACUCUGGACUCCAACACUGUCAGUUUCCGCAGCAGACUCCUGCCUCCAAACUCUGUAUGGAUGGAAGACGCCAAGCUGAAGGGUCUGGAGAUCUGCCACCCUCAGGAGAGGAACAUCUUCAACAGGAUUUUUGGAGGUUUUCUGAUGAGGAAGGCCUACGAGCUGGGCUGGGCCAACGCCUGCUCCUACGCAGGCCGUCGGCCGACUCUGGUGGCUGUGGACGACAUACUCUUUCAGAAACCCGUGGAGAUCGGCUCCCUCCUGCUGCUGUCCUCACAGGUGUGCUACACCCAGGAUCAGUACAUCCAGGUCAGAGUUCACAGCGAGGUUUUUGACCCUCUCACCCGCCAGCACAGCACCACCAACAUCUUCCACUACACCUUCGCCUCAGAAGCCGAAGUUCCUCACAUUGUUCCCAAGACUUAUGGAGAGUCGAUGCUCUACCUGGAUGGAAAGAGACACUUCAACCAAACCGUGCACCCCUGAUGAUCUGCAAAGAUUUUCUCAGCUACCGACUGAGGAAAGUGACUGCACUUAAUAUGCUUUUAUACCAAGAAAGGCGCUUUGUUGGACUUUCAUUUUUUUGCCGAGGAUGUUUACAGCGCAGUGUCUGCUGAGUCUGACACUCGAUCAAGAUGGCUGUUUUCCAAGCUUUAGUUUUUGUCCAUUUUUUGCAGUGUAAUGUUACAACAAUGGAGUUUGUAUGUUAUAUUUUAUACCACACUGCUGCUCCUACGCACAUUUUUUAAAAUUUAUUCUAUUAUGGUGCCAAAGGUGGAAGGCUUACUUUUUUUUUUGCUUUAAAAAAAUAAAACAAUAUAUUUAUCUCAA